AUGAAAUUUGUAUUAGUAGGAGUUUCUUCACGUAUAGCCAAGGUCCAAGAAUUGCUAAGUCAAUUAUUUGAGGGAAAAGAGCUCUGCAAAUGUGUAAAUCCAGAUGAGGCAGUUGCUUAUGGUGCCACUUUGCAGGUAGCUAUACUCAACAAGGAAAACAUCAACUUGGUCUUGAUGGAUGUGACUCCUUUGAGUCUUGGAAUUGAAGUUAACAAUGGGGUCAUGAAAGUAAUAGUUCCACGCAAUACCCCCAUUCCUACUAUGAAAGAGGUGUCUGUCACCACAAUAAUUGUUAACCAAAUAGGUGUAAGUUUUCCAAUUUAUGAAGGCGAGAGAUCUUUGGUUGCACAGAAUAAUUUACUUGGCGAAUUUUUCCUAAAUGGAAUUCUACUUGCACCAUGUGGGGUGUUAGAUACGAGAGUUCACAUUCCAUGUAGAUGCUCGAGCUGCUGA